AUGCGAAUACUAACUACUGUGCCAGUGGGCGACCCUUCAUGGCCGCCUAAAUCUCCCCGCGAUGCGCUACUAAGCUCGCCGGGAGGACGAAGGAAAUAUGAGGACAUGCAACAACGCCGACAACUCCUUUCCUCGCCAUUGAAACGAUCAAACACAACCCCCAACUUCCGGUCGAAAGCCGAUCAAAUUCUGGACGACGGCGUGGACGAAGACGACAGUGAAGAAGAUGAAGAGACGCUGCAGUUGAAGCUUGCAGAGAUCCAGGCCCGCCUCAAGUUGAAGCAGCUACAAAAGAGCCGAGGUCGAUCCGGAACCGCAAGUUCGCACACAGAAGAUGGGGAGGAGAGGCGCGCCCGCCCUUCAUCCGGUAUCAUACGGUCUCAGAGCCAUGCCUUGAUCCCGAAGAGCCCCCAAGCAGUGUCGCGGAAAGCACCUAUCGAUGAUGUCCAAGUACCAUUGUCGCCGACCCGACGAGAAGCGCCCCCUCCGGCCCCGUGGUCCCCCCAGAGAUACAAGAUGGGCAUCGAUAAGGGUUGGACAGCCGCCGAUGUCUCUCUUAGACGGCCCCCACGGCCAACCAGUCAACUCGAGAGCCGAAGCGGUGCCAUGUCGCGAUCGGCUGAUAUAUUUUCGGCAAGACCUCAAACUUCACCAAGUAGUGGAGGGUUGAAUCGGAUCAAAAGUUUUAGUGAACGAAUGGCCGAAGGCCGAGCAGCCGAGAAACUCCGUGCGGAGAAGGCAGAGAAGGCCGAGAGAGUUAAGGCAAGCCGAAGCUCAGGCUUCCAACUGGACAAAACAGAAAUUGAGGCGUUCAAGACUGCGGCUGCGAAAGAACAGCCGUCAACCCCGGCCUCUGUUAGUCGGGAGCCGCAAGCACCAAGUUUCAGCCGUGAGGAUAUUCUCAGAUCUAUUGCCCCUUCUCGUUCUGGUAUUAUGAAGCGCAGCCAAACGACCUCAAGCGUCAGAAACAGUGAAGUUCACUCCACAGCCUCAUCACAAAAAGCGCCUGAAGAGAGUGAGCAGAGAGGGAGUACACCAGACCCGUCCAAGUUUGAGUCCUAUUCUGGACUUCACUUGUCGAAUCGUAUCCUGCCGUACUCCUUUUUGAGCCGCAGUCUGGCUGAAAAAACAACCCUCAAAAUCCCCGACCUCCUCAAAACAGUCAAAGCACCAGCCUUUGAACUUCCAGAAGAGAUAGACGGGGAUUUUGUGGUGUUUGGAAUCGUUGCGUCCAAGUCGGACACGAAGCAGACCAAGGAUUCAGGGAAGGCUACUACCAAGACAGCCGACCCCUACGACGACGGCAUGAACAAUACCAACAGCUACAUGGUCAUGACACUAACUGAUCUCGAGUGGACCAUUGACUUGUUCCUGUUUGAUACAGCAUUUCCUCGGUAUUACAAAAUCUCUGAAGGAACUGUCAUUGCGAUCUUGAACCCUACUAUCAUGCCUCCUCCCAAGCACAAGCUGGAUACCAAUCGGUUUAGUCUGUCUUUAUCUUCGUCGGAUGACAAGGUCCUUGAGAUUGGGAAAGCACAAGACAUUGGCUUCUGCAAAUCUGUGAGGAAAGAUGGCAAAACUUGCCAGUCUUGGGUGGAUGCUAGAAAAACCGAAUUUUGUGAUUUUCAUGUGGAUCUUCAAGUUCGCCGUACCCAAGGUGCACGCUCAGGUGUCAACAGCGGUACGGGCAUAUUUGGUGGAGGCGGCAAAUCGGGUUCACGUACUAGUGUUUGGCAAGAGUCGAAAGGCCGUGGUCGAGGCUCCCGCUUUGGAGGCUCAGAAGCCUCACCCUACAGGUCAGCGGGCAAUUUGAAACCAGAGGGUGCUCAGUAUCACCUUGGUACGCAGUCUGUCUACUAUGUCGCUCCUGGGCCCAAGAAUGGGGGAGCUGGUCGUGCCUCGUACAAUCCCGCCGCAGGGCACUCGGCAGCAAGUCUGCUAGAUGCCAACGAUGAUCCUUUCAUUGCAGCUGGCACGAUGGGUCGCGGCUCAGAGAACAAGGAGGAACGAAUGAGAAGGCGCCUGGCAGCUCAGCAGCGCGAGCGUGAUAUCACCCGAAAGCUUGUUGCUGGCCGCUCUGGUGGUGUAGGUGCAGACUAUCUCCGGACGCGCACUGCCAAUGAAGGCGUAUCCAACGGUGAAAACAAGGAGAAGGCACCAGGCACUCCUUCAACACCCAAGACACUGGCCUCGAGCCAAAGUUUGAACUUUGUCACUUUUGGCAAAGCAAAUAAUGUCCGCCUUAGCCCCAUGAAACGAGCUCAUGAUGGCGAUAGACCUCAUGGCAGUGGUGUCAAAAAGACUCGAUUCAUCACGUCCAAAGGAAUCAGAGAGGCUGGCCGUGAUAGUUUGGGUGGUGAUGCAACCCCAGCACGACGAAUAUUGUCUGACGAUGAAGAAGAUGACCUCGAAUUGAUUUGA